AUGGCUCGGCUCCACCUGUGGCUCUUGCUCCUCUGUCUGCAAACCUGGCCAGAAACAGCUAGAAGUAACGCAGAUGUCUACACUGUGAAUGGGAUCCUGGGAGAGUCAGUUAUGUUCCCCUUGAAUAUCCAAGAACCACAGCAAGUUAUAAACAUUGUUUGGAAUUCCAAAACAUCAGUUGCUUUCAUAAAUACAGCAGCCUCAGGAGGAACACCCAAAGUCACUGUGACUCACCAGAAUUAUGAUAACCGAAUAAAUGUCUCAGAUCAUAACUACAACCUGGAGAUAAAAAAUCUUAGCAUGGAAGACGCAGGUAUCUACCAUGUCGACAUAAAUGUGAAUAACCCAGAUAAGCUCAGUACCAUCAGCAGGGAUUACAAACUUCUAAUCUACCGUCGGCUUGGGAAGCCAAAAAUUACUCAAAGUUUAAUGACAUCUGUGAAUAGCACCUGUAAUGUCACACUGACAUGCUCUGUGGAGGAAGAAGACAAAAAUGUAACAUAUAGUUGGAGUCCCCUGGGGAUGGAGGGGAAUAUCAUUCAAAUUUUCCAGAGACACGAAGACCCAGAGCAUACUUACACAUGCACGGCCCAGAACCCUGUCAGCAACAGCUCUGGCUCUAUCUCUGUCCAGCAGCUUUGCAGAGACUCUAAGCUGAGCCACCAGCGACGCUACAUUGGGCUACUGAGUACAGGGAUUGUGUUUUCCCUGUUUAUACUCAUUAUAUUGCCAGUCAUGCUGCUGCUGCUUCAGUGCAAGAGAGGUCGAUGUAGUAUUUUCCCAAAAGGUAAAAUGUGA